AUGAGCGAGCAUAUGCCUACCACGCCCCAGGAUGCCACACGGGUCUACCCGCUGUGCGAUACUCGGACUAUAUGUGGCUUCACGCUCGAGAACCGCGAACGAUUGCAGUCUCUCCCAGUUCAGGCCGGAGAGAAGGACCACGCGACGCAGAUCCGCGCCAUUGUCGCUUUACUGCGAGAGCACCCGGAGUACAAAGACGUACGCUUUGUUCUGAUUGGCGGCGUUCGCGAUGAUGGGGAUGCGGCACGAGUUGAAGUCCUCAAGGCGCCCGCGAAGGAGCUGGACGUUUCUGAGCACGUCGAGUUCUUCGUCAACGCGAGCUAUCCAGACAUGUUUACCUAUCUCAGGCGCGCCUGUUCUUUAUCGCCUUAA